UGAAAAUCUUACUCACCCUCUCCCUGCGCUGCGAAAAAAAGUCCCCUGCAACCGAUCGAUUCUGGAAUGGCCUCAACGAGUGCAUCUUCAGCAAACCAUCUUUGCGUGCUCGUCCACGGGUUAUGGGGAAAUCCAACACAUUUGGACUACGUGGCUACGUCGCUGAGGGAGAGAUACGGGGCUGAUCGUUUGCAUAUUCUUGCUGCUGAGCGAAAUGCCAGAAAUUUCACCUAUGAUGGUAUCGAGCUGGGUGGGGAGCGAUUGGCGCACGAGGUGGAGGACACACUGGAUGCACUGGCAGGACAAGGACAUACGAUCAAGAAGUUGAGUGUUGUGGGUUAUUCGCUGGGAGGCCUGGUAGCCCGAUAUGCGCUAGGGCUGCUCUACGCACGCGGAUGGCUGGAUAAGCUGGAGCCCGUCAACUUGACGACGUUCGUAACGCCGCAUGUUGGCGUGCGCACUCCGCUGAAGGGCAUACAAAAUCAUAUCUGGAAUGUGCUGGGGGCGCGAACGAUCUCUAUGUCUGGAAGACAGCUUUUCAUGAUUGAUUCGUUCCGGGAGACGGGUAAGCCCCUGCUCAGCAUUCUGGCUGACCCCGAGAGUAUCUUCAUCAAAGCGCUGGCGCGAUUCAAGCAUCGAUCUGCCUAUGCGAAUAUCGUGAAUGACCGGUCUGCUGUCUUCUACACCACUGGAAUCUCUAAAUUCGACCCGUUUCCAGACCUGGAGACUACCAACUUCAACUAUGCCAAAGGCUACGAGCCAGUCGUCGUUGAUUCAGACGUAUACACCCUUCCUCCGGAGGGAAAAGAACCGAACCCACUUGAUUCCCACGCAUGGCACAAGACGAUGAGAAUCAUUGCCAACCUCCCAUUCUGGCUUUUCCUCCUCUUCUUUGUCCCCGUAGGCUCGUUCAUUUUCCUCCUGAACGCCGUCGUACAAACCGUCCGCAGCCGUCAACGCAUCCGUCUCCAUGGACAGGGGGAAACGGGGGUCUUUUUCGGAAGCUACCAUGUUCCACUUCUAGUCCAGGAUGUUCAAAAUGCUGUCGAAGACGUUUUUGAAAACAUCAACUCCAGCCAAGACCCUGACUACCUCUCCCCGGCUGACGAACAGGACGUUGAACUUCCCAAAGACGAGCACACCUUGUCGCCAUCAUCCCCCCAAGCACCAGAGAUUGUAUACAAUGGACUAAAAUACCCCGUUCUGGCCCUCACACCCGCCCAAUUCGCCAUUAUCGACUCGCUCAAUGCCGUCGGAUUUCGUAGAUACCCCGUCUACAUCCACAAGCACCGACACAGUCACGCAGCGAUUAUCGUACGAAUGCCAAAGAAAGGAUUCGAAGAGGGCGGGGUUGUCAUCAAGCAUUGGCUCGACAAUGAGUUUGUGGUUUGAAUAUCCAAGGCGGACAAUAAAACACUUUGUACAUUGCCU